CUACUUAUUUGUUUUGGUAUUCUGCCUUUGCUAGCUACUCGGGCGGUUCUUAAUAUCGAUUAUAUAGUAUUAAUAUACGGUAUUAGUAUAUACUCACACUAUCUCGAUAGACUAUCCUCCUUACUUAUAUAA